CACUUAACUGGAGAUAUUUCCGAUUAGCCUAACUCGCUCUUCAUGUGAGGAUGUGAAAACACAUAAAAGCAUAAUUUCCUUUUCCCUUUUGCAUUGGCUCAUUGACUUGGUAUCGAUCAUACUAUUUUCUGGUGAUCCAGUUCGUAGAGCAAUUGAGUAUUUCUGUCCUUACAUUCCUCUUAGUCUUAGCUGCUCGAUCAUCUCCGUCCAAGUGCUAUCGAUUAAUGGCUUCUUCUUCCUUCUUCCUUCUUCUUCUUCUUCUUCCUCUUCCUCUUCUUCUUCUUCUUCUUCUUCUUCUUUUCAGAGGGGAAGACACUCGCAGGGGCUUUGUCAGCCAUCUCUACAAAGCUCUGCGUCAGAAACCAAUCAACUCUUCUUCUUCUUCUUCUUCUUCUUCUGGCCUUCGUUGGAAAUACGAUGUGUUCAUCAAUUUCAGAGGGGAAGACACUCGCAGGGGCUUCGUCAGCCAUCUUUACCGAGCUCUGCGUCAGAAACCAAUCAACACCUUCAUUGAUUCCGAAAAGCUCAGAAAAGGCGACCGCAUUUCCGAGCUCCUGACAGCGAUUCAAGAGUCAAGGAUUUCGAUUGUAGUUUUCUCUCAAAACUAUGCUUCCUCCACUUGGUGCUUGAAAGAACUCGUGCAAAUCUUGGAAUGCAACGAUACCAAGAACCAGAUUGUGCUCCCCAUUUUCUACCAAGUUAAUCCAUCUGAUGUUCGUAAACUCAAGGGAAGUUUCGCCGAAGCUUUUAAUCAGCGUGAAGGCCAUUCUAACGCCGACGUGGAAGAGGUGCGAAGCUGGAGGUCCGCCCUUACUCGAGCCACCAAUUUAUCUGGCUGGGAUUCGCAAAACUAUGAGGAUGAUGCAAAGCUUAUUGAGGAAAUUGUGGAAGAUGUUUAUAGGAAAUUGAUCCACAUCUCAUCAACAUCUAGCAAAGCUAAAGGUUUGAUUGGAAUAGAUUCGCACAUGCAUGAAAUGCAUUUAUUACUAUAUCCUCCUGGAGUUGAAACGGAUGAUGUUCGCGUUGUUGGAAUAUGGGGUAUGGGUGGUUUAGGCAAAACAACCAUCGCUAGAGCUGUCCGUGAUGAAAUCGCUGGUCAAUUUGAAACUUGUUGCUUUCUUGAAAAUGUCAAGGAGGGUUUCGUGAAGCAUGGCCAACUACAUAUGCAGACACAACUUCUCUCGAGUAUCUCAAACAACAAGGUGGGGAGUUCCGAUAUUUUGGAUAAAGGUUUCCAGAUGAUGUUAAAUAGCCUAAGUCAGAGAAAGGUCCUUAUUGUUAUUGAUGAUGUGGACAAAUUAGAACAAAUUGAAGCUUUACUUGGAGAGCAACAUUCUUCCUUUGGUGGUGGAAGUAGAAUUAUUAUAACAACUAGAGAUUUGCAAUUACUAAGCAUAACUGAUGCGAUAUAUAAGCCCAAGAUUUUUAGUGAUCCCGGAGCUCUAGAACUCUUUAGGCGGUACGCCUUCAGAACAAACGAACCCACUAGAGAUUAUGAUGAUCUCACGAGUCGUGCCGUAAAAUAUGCUCAAGGUCUACCUCUAGCACUCAAGGUCUUGGGAGCUUUUCUUGAUAACAAAACUGUACGUGAGUGGAAAGAUGUCUUAGAAAAAUUAAAGGAAGUCCCGCAAAGGGGGAUUAAUGAUGUGCUUAGAGCAAGCUUUGAUGGACUAGAUCAUAAAGAGAAGAACAUCUUUCUAGAUAUUGCAUGUUUUUUAAAAGGAAUGAAAGAAGAAUAUGCAACUGAAAUCCUGGAUAGUUGUGGUUUCUAUCCUCAUACUGGAAUAAGAGUUCUAAUCGAUCGAGCUCUCAUAACUGUCUCAGUGAAUGGGAAACUGGAGAUGCAUGAUUUACUAGAGGAAAUGGGUCGGGAAAUAGUUCGCCAACAAUCUAUCGAAGAGCCUGGGGGACGAAGUAGAUUGUGGAAUUAUGAAGAUGUUCAUCAUAUGCUAACUCAAAAAACGGCUACAAAAGCAGUUGAAAGCAUAAUCCUGGAUUUGUCGUGCUCAUAUUGGGUAUGCUUAAAUGCUGAAGCUUUUGUUAGUAUGACUCAACUAAGACUUCUCAAGAUCAGUCAUAAGGAUUCCAUUUUUAAACAUGAUUACUGCAAACAACACCUGAUUGGGAACUUCAAGUUACUUGAGUUGAGGCAUCUCUCAUGGCUUAAUUGCCCUCUUAAGUCUUUGGCAUCCAACUUUCAAUUCAAAAAUCUUGUUGACCUUGAUAUGCAAUAUAGUCUCAUUGACCGACUUUGGGAAGGAACCCAGACGCUGGAAAAGGUGAAAUUCAUCAAUUUAAGUUAUUGCAAAUACCUUAAGGAGACCCCAGACUUCACAAAGGUACCAAAUCUUGAGAGGCUAAUCCUUCAAAGUUGUAUAAGUUUAGUUGAGGUUCACCCAUCUAUUUCGACUCUUACAAACCUUGUUUUAUUGAAUUUGAAUGGGUGCAAAAAACUUAAGAUUCUAGCCAGCAGCAUUCGUAUGCGCUCUCUUAAAACCCUUGAUCUUUAUGGUUGCUCAAACCUUGACAAGUUUCCUGAGAUUUUAGAAGUUAUGGAGGAAGUAUUAGAACUUAAUUUAUCUGGUUCAAAAAUUAAAGAAUUGCCCUCAUCAAUUAAUAAUCUCACGGGGUUGGAGUAUUUGUACCUAAAAGAUUGUAAGGAACUUAAGAGUCUUCCAAGUAGCAUUCGUAUGAAAUGUCUCAAAGCCCUUGAUCUUUCUGGCUGCUUGAGUCUUGAGAUGUUUCCAGAGAUUUCAGAAGUUAUGGAGGAACUAUCAUGGCUUAGUUUUUCCGAGUCAAAAAUUAAAGAACUGCCCUUGUCAAUUAAUAAUCUCACGGGGUUGGAGUAUUUGUACAUAAAAGAUUGUGAGGAACUUAAGAGUCUUCCAAACAGCAUUCGUAUGAAAUGUCUCAAAACCCUUGAUCUUUCCGGCUGCUUGAGUCUUGAGAAGUUUCCAGAUAUUUCAGAAGUUAUGGAGGAACUAUCAUGGCUUAGUUUGUCCGAGUCAAAAAUUAAAGAACUGCCAUCUUCAAUUAAUAAUCUCACGGGGUUGGAGUAUUUGUACAUAAAAGAUUGUAAGGAACUUAAGAGUCUUCCAAGCAGCAUUCGUAUGAAAUGUCUCAAAAACCUUGAUCUUUCCGGCUGCUCGAGUCUUGAGAUGUUUUCAGAGACUUCAGAAGUUAUGGAAGAACUAUUAUGGCUUGAUUUGUCCGGGUCAAAAAUUAAAGAACUGUCAUCGUCAAUUAAUAAUCUUACGGGGUUGAUUUAUUUGGUCCUAAAAGAUUGUAAGGAACUUAAGAGUCUUCCAAGUAGUAUUCAUAUGAAAUCUCUCAAAGGCCUGUAUCUUAAUGGUUGCUCGAGUCUUGAGAUGUUUCCAGAAAUUUCAGAAGUUAAGGAGGAACUAUUAUGGCUUGAUUUGUCUGGGUCAAAAAUUAAAGAACUGCCCUCGUCAAUUAAUAAUUACACAGGAUUGAGGACAUUGGACCUGAAAGAUUGCAAGGAACUUAAGAGUCUUCCAACCAGCAUUCGUAUGAAAUCUCUCAAAAGACUUAAUCUUUCUGGCUGCUCGAGUCUUGAGAUGGUUCCAGAGAUUUCAGAAUUGAAGGAACUAUCACAGCUUAAUUUGUCCGGGUCAAAAAUUAAAGAACUACCAUCGUCAAUUAAUAAUAGCACGAGAUUGGAGAAAUUGGACCUGAAAGAUUGCAAGGAACUUAAGAGUCUUCCAACCAGCAUUCGUAUGAAAUCUCUUGAAAAACUUAAUCUUUCUAGCUGCUCGAGUCUUGAGAUGUUUUCAGAGAUUUUAGAAGUGAUGGAGGAACUUUCAUGGCUUGAUUUGUCCGGAUCAAAAAUUAAAGAACUGCCAUCGUCAAUUAAUAAUCUCACGGAGUUGGAGUAUUUGGGCCUUAAAGAUUGCAAGGAACUUAAGAGUCUUCCAAUCAGCAUUCUUAUGCAAUCUCUCAAAAAACUUGAUCUUUCUGGCUGCUCGAGUCUUGAGAUGUUUCCAGAGAUUUCAGAAGUGAUGAAGGAACUUUCAUGGCUUGAUUUGUCCAGAUCAAAAUUUAAAGAACUGCCAUCGUCAAUUAAUAAUCUCACGAAGUUGGAGUAUUUGGGCCUUAAAGAUUGCAAGGAACUUAAGAGUCUUCCAAUCAUCAUUCGUAUGCAAUCUCUCAAAAAACUUAAUCUUUCUGGCUGCUCGAGUCUUGAGAUGUUUCCAGAGAUUUCAGAAGUGAUGGAGGAACUUUCAUGGCUUAAUUUGUCCGGAUCAAAAAUUAAAGAACUGCCAUCGUCAAUUAAUAAUCUCACGGAGUUGGAGUAUUUGAGCCUUAAAGAUUGCAAGGAACUUAAGAGUCUUCCAACCAGCGUUCAUAUGCAAUCUCUCAAAAAACUUAAUCUUUCUGGCUGCUCGAGUCUUGAGAUGUUUCCAGAGAUUUCAGAAGUUAAGAAUGAACUAUCAUGGCUUAAUUUGUCCGGAUCAAAAAUUAAAGAACUGCCAUCGUCAAUUAAUAAUCUCACAGAGUUGGAGUAUUUGGGCCUUGAAGAUUGCAAGGAACUUAUAAAUCUGCCAAGCAGCAUUUGUCAACUUGAAUCCCUAUACUCUCUCUCUCUUUCUGGUUGCACAAAAUUUGAGGUGUUUCCAAGCAUUGAAGAAGAUAUGGAAGGAUUAACGGUGCUUCACUUGGAUGGAACAUCUAUCAAAGAGCUUUCCCCAUCAAUUGAACGGCUUCAGGGGCUUGAAUACUUAAAUCUGAGAAACUGCAAAAGCCUUGUACAUCUUCCUGACACUCUCUGUAAUUUGGCACACCUUGACGCUCUCAAUCUAUGUGGGUGCCCAAACCUUUCUCAAUUACCCGUCAACUUUAGGAUGCUUGUUGGAUAAUGCAGUAGAAAGAAAUUGAUAGUGGGGCAUCCGUUACAGAGCCGUUGUGAAAGUUUGACGCGUGGACAACACUCACAAAAUCGGCACACAGAGCUCGACCCAAACCCCCCAAUUUCCAGGUAAUAAACACAUGGAUACGAAGCUCUGUUUUGAAGCAAUCAGUCGGUCACUACGCCACAUGCGGCUGCCUUCAAUUGCUUAUUGUGAUUAUGUCGCGAGGGAGAGAAACUGUGAAGAUAUUGCUAUCUAUGUCAAUUCCCGUUGCUCCUCCAAUUUGGAUGAAAGCUCCUGAUGCAACAGCCUCAGCAAGCGAUCACUGCUAUAAUGUAGGAGAUCUGUCUUCUUCGUCAACAAAGUUGGCCUCUUGAACAACCCCAGGUUUCAGUUACUUCUUCGACUAAGCAAUUCAAAGCUGGAGAGAGCCUGUGUCGGAAGAAGCUUAAAGUUGUUGAAGUUGUGAAGUUCAGGGAUGUUAUCAGUAAUGAAUUUCACUUCCAGAUGUAUUGUGAUGAUCUUCCAGUCUGCGGGUACAUCGGGAAAGUUGAAGAUGAGAGUUGGGAAAAGGGACCAAGUAUUAUCUGUUCACAUAUUUGCUUUUUGAUGUUCUUUACAAUGGAAAAGAAAUACAUGCUUUUUGUGAUCCAAAUCAUGUUAUCGAUAUAACAGAAAUUGAUAUUGAUGUUGAGUUCACUUAUUCGGUUAACUGGAAGGCCACCUCAACUCAGUUCCAGAUCAGGAUGGUCAAGUACUCAAAGGCUUCAUUACUGCCAGUCUGCCAGAAAAGUCAUUGGUUCUCAUUCAUUAAUUCUAUUUCAUCAUUUUGCUUUUGAUGGGAUUGCUUGCUUUGCUCAUAGUGCGACGCCUCAAGAAUGAUAUGGAAAAGUUCUCAAACAGUGACGAAGAAGAAGACAAGGAGGUUGGCUGGAAAUACAUUCAUGGUGGUGUUUUCAGAGAUCCCCCAAACAUGUCACUGUUUUGUGCUGUCUUGGGCGUGGGUACCCAACUGCUUGCCUUGCUGUUUAUCUUAUUUUUGCUACCAUUUUUUGGUGUCCUAUAUCCGUAUAAUCGUGGAGCUUUGUUCACUUCUCUCGUCUUUAUAUGUACUACUUCAAUCAUCGGUGGGUACACUGCUGCUGCUUUCCACAAUCAAUUUUCAGUGACAGGAUGGGUAAUUUUCUUCGUCAUAUGGUUCUAGGAUUAGUCUUUCUAUCAGAGAGCUUUCCCCCUCGAUUGAACGACUUCAGGGGCUUUAGUAUUUAAAUCUGAGAAACUGCAAAAGCCUUGUACAUCUUCCCAACACUCUGUAAUUUGGAACACCUUGUAGCUCUCAAUCUCUGUGGGUGCACAAAUCUUUCUCAAUUACCUGUCAACUUUGAGGAUUUAGUACGCUUGUGGGAUAAUGCAGUGGAUUUUGAUAAUGGGCAUACUGGCUUUUUCACCCGUGUAGUAUGCUCCUAAACAUCAUCGGCAUCCACUACAGAGAUCCGUAGUGAAGGUUUGACACGUGUACAACACUCCCAAACAUCAUUGGCAUCCACAACGGCUACACGCCAUAUCAGAGCUCCGUUUUGCCUGGGUCCCUCUCUGCCCCAACCCCCCAAUUUCUAGGUAAUCAAAAUUCAAACCCAAUUUUUGAUCCGGAAUUAAAUUUCAAUAUCUGGGAAAUUUUAUUAUCUGAAAAAGAAAUAAUUUUCGGGGGUUUUGGGUACACUCUGCUGAUAAACACAUGGAUACGAAGCUUGGUUUUGAUGUAAUCAAUCGGUCACUACGCCACGUGCAGCGGCUUUGGUGGAAUUGGCAUGGUCAGACGGCUAGGGUAGAAACUGUGCUUGUGCACAAGCUGUGAAGAUACUGCUAUGUCAAUUCCUGUUGCUAACUUGCUAAUGCCACCGGUGCUCCUCCAAUUUGGGUGAAAGGAACUUCGGAUUGCAGCGUUGUUGCCUGGAAGAUAAUGAUUUGUGACAGUGGUAUUAGGCCCAGAGUGCAGGAGGGACAGAUGGUGAAAGAUGCAGGAGCCAUUGUUUCGCAGUUCAAAGGUGCUUAUGUGAAAGUCGAGCCUCAGACGUUUAACUUCACCAGAGCAAACCAAAAACUAUCUUAUAAGAUCACCUUACCAUGAAAUCCCGGCAGGCGGUUCCGGAAUUCGGAGGGCUGGUGUGGAAGGAUGGAGUGCAAAGGUCCUUGCAGUACAUGAGGCUAGUCAAUCAUUGCUUACAUGGUACUUUCUGCGAUCAAUCCCAUGCAUGCUAAUGGCUGCUGCUGCUGCUGCUUCUUCGUCUUCAUACGACAGUCAUUGGAAAUACGAUGUGUUCCUGAAUUUUAGAGGACUCGAGGCUGCUGCUUCUUCGUCAGCCAUCUCAACAAAGGUCUGGAUCAGAAAGCAGUCAACACCUUCAUCGAAGCCGAAGAGCUUCAAAAGGCAACGACCUUUCGAAGCUCCUGGCAGCUAUUAGCGGCUCAGGCUUUCGAUCCUAGUUUUUUUUUUCGAAAACUAUGCUUCUUCGACGUGGUGCUUGAAAGAACUUGCCCAGAUAAUGGAAUGCGUGGAUGCACACAAGCAGAUAGUGGUUCCUGUUUUAUACGGCGUCGAUCCAUCCGAUAUUCGAAAACAGGAAGUUUUGCAGAAGCUUUUGCCUAAACAUAAACGUCAUUCUAACGCUGGCGUGAAGGAGGUGCAGGGCUGGAGGUCCGCUACCAUUUAUCCGGUUGGGAUUCGCAAAAUUAUAAGGAUGAUGCCAAUUUGAAGCUUUGACUCUUUUAUGAUGAAAUCGCUUGUCAAUUUGAAGCUUGCUGCUUUCCCAAAAAUGUCAACGAAGGCUUCUCGGAUAAUGGUGCUGUACAUCGCUUCAGAUAACCACUCCUCUGCUAGGCAGCGUUUGGAAUGGCCGAGAGCGGACCUUUUUGGGAGCGACGACCCCAACAGUUUGGAAGAUAUCUUGAGAAAAGGUUUUAGCACCGGUGAAUGCAUGCAGGAACUGCUUAACGUAAAAUGCGGAGUUUUCAUUGUUCUUGAUGAUGUUGAAAAAUUAUCCCAAAUUGAAGGCUUACUUGGAAAGCAGCAUUCAAUUUGGGUGAAAGGGAAGGUGUAUGAGAUUGGAUCAUCUGGAAUUAGCAGUCUAUAAAGGCACAACAAGAGGAGGAAUAAAUAAGAGCCUCAAUGAUUUCAUCUCCCUCUUCGGAAGGAUGUCCCUUGUACCAACUAAUGCUAAAGCUGCAGAGUAGACACUAGAAUCAAAUGGUUCUGGUAGUUUCAGAAACUGUGAAAAUAUCCGUCAUUUCUCACUGCUAAUGCCACCGGUGCUCCUCCAAUUUGGGUGAAAGAGUGCAGGAGGGACAGGUGGUGAAAGAUGCAGGAGCCAUUGGUAUGAUUUUGGCAAACACAGCUGCAAAUGGAGAACAAACAUUUCUGUUUUGACACUUCAUACAGCUGUCACUAAUAUCGGCCCUGCAGUUUCGAAUUACCACACCAUAGUUUCGCCGUUCAAAAGUGCUUAUGUGAAAGUCGAGCCUUGGACGCUAAACUGCACCAGAGCAAAUAAAAAACUCUCUUAUAAGAUCACCUUCAUUACGAAAUUCCGGCAAGCGGUUUCGGAAUUCGGAGGGUUGGUGUGGAAGGAUGGAGCGCACAGGGCGAGAAGUCCUACUCUGGUUGUUUGCUAAAGUGAAUCAUUCAUUAACUCUUGGGUUCCAGAAAUUGGAAAGAAGGGAAUUGAAGUAGUACAAAGACCCUUGACCCUCCCUAUCACAAAAACUUUUAGUAUUGUGGUGAUCAUAUUUCAGAGCUUUUGUUCACUGAUGCUUCCUUGAAAAAGACGAUGGUGACCUCCAUUGUUACCUUACUGAAAGCUUCAUCAUAUGCUCUGUGAUACCGUUGGAUUGGUCUUGUUGAUACUUACUGUUAGAUUUCUUGGAUUCUUUGGUUUUCCAUGUUCGUGUGCUCAUGCUCUCUUUCACUUAAUCAGGAUGGAAAUUGAAGCGGAUCACAUUGGGCUUCUGUUGGUUGCUUCUGCUGGAUAUGAUCCCAGAGUGUGUCCGAGAAGUUGAGCAAGGUUACUGGUGGUGACUCUGCACUCAGAGACCAUCUUUCAACCCAUCCAUCAGGGAAUAAGAGCUGAAUUGCUGGCUUAAGCUAAGAUCAUGGAAGAAGCACUCGCAAUACACCGGAUGUAAGAGCAGGACGCGGGUUGAAGACUUUCUUUAGAACAGUCAGUAAUCACCAUGCAACUACUGACAUAGUUCAAUUUUUUUUUUUUUUUUUUUUCUUCUGAAUAUGAUUCCUGUACUUGUAUGUAACUCUUGCAGGAGAAGAAAAAGAAUAUGCAACUUACAUAUGAUUCCGUUGGAUAUAUGUAACUCAUAUAUGAUCUUUAAAUAUAUAUUACUCAUUUAUGAUCUUUAAAUAUAUGAAUAAUUUUUAAAUAUGUGAUCUUUAAUUA